AUGGAUACAUAUGAUGCUGAAAUGAUUAAAAAAGAUGAAGAAGAAAAAGCAUUAUCACAGCAGCAGGAAGAUGGAUGGGUUACAGUGACUAGAAGAGGGAAAAAGCCAGGUUUUGCGAGAAAAGAAUCCGUGGCUAAGCAUUUAAGAAGAAGAAGCGAACAACAAAGAAGAAAAAAAGAAUUGACAAAUUUUUAUACAUUUCAAAUAAAAGAAUCAAAAAUGAAAAAUUUAGUAGCUCUGAGAAAAAAAUUUGAAGAAGAUAAAAGAAAAAUAGCUGCUAUGAAAGAGGCUCGUCGUUUUAAACCUUUUUAA